UUUUUUUUUGCAAAAGAGAGAGAAAAAAAAACAAUUCAUUAGACCUCUCUUGAAUUCAUCUGUUUGCUCGUAACGGGAGGGAGCACCUGCCCGGAGGCUACGGAACCAGAGAAGCUGGAGUAGGGGAGGAGAGGUUCCCCGCCGAACGCGUCAUGGCAGCGGGGAAAACCGCGGCUUCCUGACCCACAUCCACCUGAGGCUACUUUUGACAUUUGUCUUAUUUGCAACUUCUCAGUCGAGGGAACUUUUGUCAUACGUACGGAAUUUGAAAGCCAACGACUACCUCGGACGAUAAUUUUUCAUUCUAGGAGGGGACUUUGUUGAAGCUUUUGAAAAGGAUGAUGCUGCUGCUGUGUGUCUGCGUCAAGUUGGCAAUUAUCUUGAAUUGGUCGUCCUUCAUAAGUGGAUAUUUGGCGGAUGAGCGCUUGCCUAAAAUCUGGCCUUCCGAGAAUCCAAUCGUUAUUCACAAAGGGGACUCUCUUCAUCUCGCAUGCAGGGGGCACGGCCAGCUGCACUGGACACUUCCAAAGCCGGUGGGAUCUCAACGUCUCAUUUCUUGGGAGGGCAUGAAAGUGCAGCGGUGUGAUUCCAGACAUGCGCCGCACUGCAGCAAACUGACAAUCACACACUUGAAUGCCAGUCACACUGGGGAGUACAGUUGCGGUUACUCCAGAGGGGGGUCCGACCACGUUGCAUCCACAUACGUCUACGUCACAGAUCCAGAGCAGCCAUUUGUGGAGCCUUAUGAUCAUACACCUUACGUCCUGUACAUCUACAGGGAUGAGUCCAGCCUUGUGAUUCCUUGCCGUACAUCGUCUCCCAGUACUGUUGUGACACUACAACAGCUGUCACCCUCCUCAGAGAAGAUUGACAAUGAAUGGGACCCAAAAGUGGGCUUCAGAAUUCCCUACAGCCCCGAAACUGUGUACAACAUGUUAAUCUGCUCUGCCGUUGUCAAUGGUCAGCAGUUCAGCUCCACGUACAUCCCCAAGAGAAUGUCACUUGUUCUUGAGAAUGUGACAAUCACCCCGGAGCGGGUCAGGUUGUUGGUUGGCGACACACUCUUCCUCAACUGCAGCGGAGUGACCACCUACGAGAAUAGAAUCAGCUUUACGUGGGAUUUUCCGGGAAUGAAAGAAAACCGCCAUUUCACAAACAAGACCAAAGACCGCAUCGCUCUUUUAUUUACAAUGAGCAUGGCAUUAGUGCUGCCCAACAUUUCAAUGGAGGACAAGGGCUUGUAUCGAUGCAAAGCUGAGAUUUUACCCACCAAACAUAAGAAUGCCACAGCGAAGGUCAUUGUCUACGAGCACCCUUUCCUCAACAUCUCACACAGGCACCAGGCUACAGUGGUUGUCAGGGAGGGCAGAAAGAGGCUGGUGUUCGAGCCCAAGGUCAAUGCCCUGCCACUACCAGAUACGUUGGCAUGGUAUAAAGACGGAGUCCCCAUCCUGAAGAAUUCCACCUGCUACAAGAUUUCCGGUUACAACUUGAUCAUCUCCGAUGUGCAGCAGAAACACGACGGGGUCUUCACCAUAAGCCUCGGAAACCAAGCCCAUCGCCUGUACCGGAACCUGAGCUACACGUUGGAAGUUGAGGUGAAGCCAAGUAUUUCCGAGUCAGAGUUUGCCCCUGUGGACAUCCAGCCCUACAUGUUGGGCAAGCGCCACCAACUGACCUGCACUGCCUCCGGCAGACCCGCGCCACAUAUCACCUGGCUCUGGCAACCUUGUCACACAGACACCGUCCUCAAACAAUGCAUCGUCUCCUCGGAUCCAACGGUGGUCACCGUUAUGGAAAAGGGAAAUGUCGGUAACAGAAUCGAGAGUAUAAGGACCAAGCCUGAAUUGGUUCAAGGAAAAAACAAGACUCGAAGCACCCUGGUGAUUGGAGAAGCCAGUGUGUCGGGAAAUUACUCCUGUUUGGCCCAGAAUGAAUACGGCAAAAGCAUCAUGAGCAUCCCUUUCUUUGUUAGUGAUCACUCCGAGCCCAUUUCCAUCCAGCCUCAGUCAGUCGUGGAGAAGGACGACAUCACCUUGAGCUGCCGGGCCUCACGUUAUCUCUACACAGACCUGCAAUGGCUGGAUUCCCGGAAUCGAACCGUCACCUCAAAUGUGUCCCGUCUCCAGCUUGACCGCUACUCAAUUGCCAUCUUGCUCCAUUUGCGAAAUGUUAGCAAAAACAGCACUGCCGGUUAUAAGUGUCGAGCUUCGAAGCUGCAAAAUAAGCUUGAAAUCAAGUCGGCGGCUUUGAAUGUGACUGUGAGAAAGCAGCCCUGGCUGAGUCAAAAUCUCACUGAUCGGGACGUGAACAGCAGCAGCACACUGAUGCUGGCCUGCCUGGCUCAGGGGGUUCCUCACCCCAACAUCACAUGGUACAAAAACAGCGUUCAGCUGGAGGAAGGCCCAGGAAUCACCCUGAGGAAGGACGGCACACUGAUCAUCGAGAGGGUGAAGAAGGACGACGAGGGUCUCUACGAGUGCGUGGCCAGCAACAGCGAGGGUGUCAUCAGGACCAGCGCUUUGGUCAAUGUGCUCGGGGAAGAAGGGAAGCCAAAUGUGGAAGUUAUAAUUCUGGUGUGCACUGGAGCCGCCGCCACCUUCCUCUGGCUCAUGCUCAUCCUCUUCAUCCGCAAGCUGAGGAAGCAACAGCCCGCGCACUACAAAAUGGGGCCGUCCAUCAUCAUUGACCCCGAUGAGUGUCCUCUGGACGAGCAGAAUGAUCUCCUCCAGUACGACAGCAGCAAAUGGGAGUUUCCCCGCGAUCGCCUCAGAUUAGGCAAAACUCUGGGCCACGGCGCGUUUGGAAAAGUGGUGGAGGCCUCUGCCUUCGGGAUUGACAAACUCUCCACCUGCAAGACCGUUGCAGUCAAGAUGCUGAAAGGCGGCGCCACAUCUAACGAGCGCAAAGCCCUGAUGUCGGAGCUCAAGAUCCUGAUUCACAUUGGCCACCACCUCAACGUGGUCAACCUGCUGGGCGCUUGCACCAAGCCUGGAGGGCCCUUGAUGAUGAUUGUGGAGUUCUGCAAAUACGGCAAUUUAUCCAACUACCUAAGAGGCAAGCGAGACGACUUUGUGGUUUACAAGGACCGGGACGGCAAGGUGAUGUCGGGUACGGCGUGCGAACUGAGCGAGUUGAUGAAACGCCGCCUAGAGAGCGUGGCCAGCACGGGAAGCUCGGCCAGCUCCGGUUUCAUCGAAGAUAAGAGUUACUGCGACUCAGAAGAAGAGGAAGAAGAAUCUGAGGAUUUAUACAAGCGAGUUUUGACUUUGGAAGACUUGAUUUGCUACAGCUUCCAAGUCGCAAAGGGCAUGGAGUUUCUGGCCUCUCGCAAGUGCAUCCAUCGGGAUUUGGCCGCUCGAAAUAUCCUUCUCUCCGAGAAUAACGUGGUGAAGAUUUGCGACUUUGGGCUGGCCAGAGAUAUCUACAAGGACCCCGACUAUGUGCGCAAAGGAGAUGCCCGGUUGCCCCUUAAGUGGAUGGCUCCCGAGGCCAUUUUUGACAAGAUCUACACCACUCAGAGUGAUGUGUGGUCCUUCGGUGUUCUCAUGUGGGAGAUCUUCUCAUUGGGUGCGUCGCCGUACCCUGGGGUUCAAAUCGACGAGGAGUUUUGCUGCAGACUGAAAGAAGGCACCAGGAUGAGAGCCCCCGAAUACUCUUCCUCUGAAAUAUAUCAGACCAUGUUGGAGUGCUGGCAAGGGGAACCACAGGAACGGCCCACCUUCACCGAGCUGGUUGAACAGCUGGGAGACCUUCUUCAAGCCAGCGUGCAGCAGGGGGGGAAACACUACAUACCCGUCAACACCGACCUGCUGGCCAAAGUCGGCGAACUCGACGGCGGCAAGAUGACGGAAGAAACGCCCACCCGGCCCGUUUCGCAGCGAGACUCGGGCGGCACCUGGAACAUCAAGAUCAGACCGGCAAGCGUCAAAACCUUUGAUGAAGUCACCAUGGAUGGCGAAGACAAUCAUGCUCACCAGGGCAUGCAGUGUGACAGUGGGAUGGGCCUGUCGUCCGACAACAUGAACACUCUGAAGAAACUGGAGACGCUAGCCGGACGACCUCUCAGCAUCAUGGCUCUGGCCAUGAAGGCGAUGAGCAGGAGCAAAGAGUCGGUCCUGAGCGAGCCCGACAAGGACAAGUACCCGCCAAGCGUCCCUCCUCUGGACCUCAACCUGGACGAUUCGGCCUUGGACGACAACCUCGAGUGUCACAGCCCGCCGCCGGACUACAACUACGUGGUGCGCUACUCUACGCCGCCCGUUUAAGCUUUCACCAACAAGUCUUCCAGCAUGCUCAGAGGGCAUUUCCCCUCGUGGCCGAACAGGGAGAACGUCGGCGAAACUGUGAAUUGCGAAAUGAGCGAGCGGGCAAAUUGCGUCGUCCGACCGAUGCGCCGGACUGCCUUUGCGGAGCUCGGGCGUUUUGCUCCAAGUGAAAAGUGGCUCAGGUAUUUUCAGUCAGCUCCAUAUCAGGCUUUUCUACUGUGAAAUGGCUCCACGAGGUCCAGCAAGCAACACGCAAGAGGAAAAGACACGCUUCAUGUUCAAAAGGGCAAGAUUUUGAAAGGAGAUCAUUAUGAUCACUAUGCUCUGGGGGGAUUUUUUCACAAUAGUUCACAAACGUCUUCGUAAUACACCGGUGAUAAAAUUUGCCAAGCACCUCCAUGUAAUCUUAACACCAUUUGAGAAUAACCAUCACAAUUUUUUAUUUUUUUGCCGCUAACAACAUAGCUGUGAACGCUUCACCUCACUUCAGCAUAGUUCCUUGACGCUAAGACGCCGCAAAAACAACAAAUAGAACACCAAACUACAACUAUGCAGGGUUCACCAUAUUUGUACACAUGUCAUUAAAAAGUCACUCCCACCCCCUCCAGACGCUGCUCUUGCGGCUUUGCUGACCCUUUGGUUUUAAAGUACCGGUAGUAAAAUUUCACCACAGAAUUGCACCGUUAACAACACCCCCCACCCCCACCCCCCCCCCCACACCUUCGACAACUACUCGUAUGCAAACCACAAAAGUACAUUUUCAACAUUGUAAUAGUGUAGCUCCGCUUACCUUUUGACUUUAAAGUAGUGAAAAGUUUCCCUCGGUUCCCAGAAUUUCACUGUUAUCACGCCCCUUCGCUCCCCCGCCAAACCCGAACUAUUUGCAUAACGGCCACAAAAGGUCAAUUUUCCGUGAUCCGUCCUCUUAAAAUAUAAGUUAUAAAAGAGUGACGUGAAGGUCCCUAUUUGAAUAAAGUCUCAUGUCUAAGAUGUCCAACUGCUCAGGUUGUCUCCUCCAGUCACAAAUGAGUGAAAGUUUUGCUUGAAAAACAAACUUUGAAGGAGCCAAUAAAGAGACUCUGCUCAAUUGCAUCUUUCCUAGUUUAUAAACACAAUUACUGCGAAGGACUUGCAACCAGUUCAGGGUGUCCCCUGCCAAUUGCCCGAAGACAACCAGGAUAGGCAAGCCCGUGAGUCCUCGUGAGGAGAAGCGGAUUCGAAAAUGGAGGGAUGGAUGGGCAAAACAAUUACAAUGUCACAGGAAGCUCUCCCCCAAACACAACAUAUGUAUUUAUUUCAACUGUAAACACUGUCAACUAAGACGUUUUGUGCGUGGAGUGAUGUUUAAGCAAAGCUGACUUGCACCAUGCAGAUGUUCAAAUGCUGCUAUGUUCACUGACAAGAUUCAGCAGGUUUCCGCCUCCUCCUCCUUGUGAUGCUAACGAACGCUUGCGGGGCAGGAGUCAUGGUAACCACCUUUGACUGUACUGAAUUUUGGCCAAUGUCCUUGCUUUGUGACAUUGUCAUUGGGGGAAAUCAGUGUCAGCCCUUGCAUACUGUUCAGGGAAUGGUAGAAGUGCCAAAAGGGGAAAUGAACAGUCUGUCAGGGUUAAAUCAAAGAACCGUGGACCAAAUAUGAAUUCAUCAAUUUGCUUGUGUUUCACGACCAUGAUUGGAAAAACCAACAAGAAAUGCAUCCGAAAUGGAUGAACUGUGGAAUUUUUGUCUUAAUGCGCAGAGGAAAAUCACGAUGCACUGAUACUUUAUAUCAAAUGUGUUAGUUUUUUUUUUUCAUAUUCAAAUUUUAUGUAUUUUUUAUUCAACAGUAUUGUGGCUCACAAGUCGCACAUUUAACGUCUAACUCCUUCAUUAGUCCUGUUCAUUCAACGCAUGUUGAAAAAUGCCUGUUGACCAAAAAUGUUGAUGUCGAUGCAGCUUAUCUGGAAUAGUAUUUGUUUGUUUUUUUAAAAUGUACUGUAUGUAAUAACCUGCAGCAGUUAAAAACCGUGUAGUUUGUCAUUCACCUUCAUCCUUGUAGUGUCACGUGUUUUAUAAUGAUGUUCCUCAACACUGUUGCUGAGCAUAUGAAGCAAAUAAAUAAAUAAAUCUAUAUUUAUACUUUAAAA